AUGUCCGAGGGCAGGGGGAUGUACGGCCUCGCGACGCCCUCUCUACCCAGCCAGCAGCAGCAGCCUCCGACCACGACGCCCUCGACCGCCGCCGCCCACCUCGUGUUCCCCGCCCACAACUGCGUGCUGUGCAGCUUCUCCACCGCGUGCAAGUCGGACCUCAGUCGCCACAUGAAACAGCAUACCGAGUACUCCCUGUUCGCGUGUCCUCACUGCGACUACAGGACUCGGCGGAGCAACGACCUCAAGAAGCACCUCAGGAUCCAUACGGGGGAGAAGCCCUACUGCUGCUCCUUCUGUGGCUAUCGAACCAAUACUACAAGUAACCUGAAGGCACACGUCCGCACGCGCCACGUACCCUGA